ACGUAGACGCCGAUGUCGCCGCCAUGAUGGCUUCGCCAGCCGAGUUAGCCUCCACGACGAAAUCCCCCACUGAUAUUCCCGUCGCGGUUGACGUUGACGCUACCGGCGAGUCCCCAACCGGUUUUCCCUUCUCGCUGCGUGGAGAGGCUGAAACUCCGCUGCGCUCCUGGCACACCCUCCGACGGGGUGCCUCCUCCAGCUCUACCGGAGACGUCUGUUUGCUCUUUCGCGCCCCCUCGGUUUCCGGUAGCCGCGGAAACAAAUCGCGUGGCGGGGUCCGCAUCAGGGACCUACGAGGUGCAAACCCCUGCUCUCGCCCCUGCCGCUCUAACUCGUCAAGCUCGCGCUCCUUUGACGCCAUAAUGGCGUCAAAGGCACUUUUGUCCAUAACUCGCCCCUUCUAUGUUGUACUAUUACGGAUGACUCUACCGUCGACUCUACCGUCGACUCUACCUACGACUAUACCGUCGACUCUACCGUCGACUCUACCUACGACUAUACCGUCGACUCUACCGUCGACUCUACCGUCGACUCUACCUACGACUCUACCUACGACUCUACCUACGACUCUACCAACGACUCUACCAACGACAUUACGGAUGACUCUACCGUCGACUCUACCGUCGACUCUACCGUCGACUCUACCGUCGACUCUACCGUCGACUCUACCUACGACUAUACCGUCGACUCUACCGUCGACUCUACCGUCGACUCUACCGUCGACUCUACCAUCGACUCUACCAUCGACUCUACCUACGACUCUACCUACGACUCUACCUACGACUCUACCAACGACUCUACCAACGACUCUACCCUUGACCCUACCACUCUACCAACGGAUGACUCUACCGUCGACUCUACCGUCGACUCUACCGUCGACUCUACCGUCGACUCUACCGUCGACUCUACCUACGACUCUACCUACGACUCUACCUACGACUCUACCAACGACUCUACCAGCGACUCUACCUUUGACCCUACCACUCUACCAGAGUCAGACCCAAACGCCUAUAUGUUUUGUCCCGUUCCAACACGCACCGCCCACACGUCGCUGACCACGCCUAAGAGACAAGGAACGACGUAUGUUUACUGUCCCGUACUAACGCACCUGCGCCGCGUCACCGAUCGGUGUGAAACCGCAAUGUGAUCGCUAUCCCGCUCUAACCUAUACGGCAGCACCUAACUACGUCACCGAGUGAGAACAAAGGAAGGAAUGUUUCUAGUACAAAUUUAACCUAUAAGCGAUAAAAACGUUUAAAAAUAAACAAAACUAAUCGCUAAAUCUUAACAAUAACUCCUAGAUCUUAUUUAUUUAUCCUUCUAGCACUUACCUCGGCCGCGCUCCUGGCACACCCUCCGACGGGGUGCCUCCUCCAGCUGUAACGGAGACGUUUGUUUCCGCUUUCGCGCCCCCUCGUUUUCCGGCAGCCGCGGAAACAAAUCGCGUGGCGGGGUCCGCAUCA